AUGCGGCUGGUGCUGUUGUUGGUGUGGUUGUGGAGCUUGGCACCCACUGCCAUGAACACCAAGGUGGCAUCUGCAGCCCCUGAUCCUCCAUCUGCCCCUAGCCUCGCGCACUGCCCCAAAACCUGUGGGGAUGUGAGCAUCUCGUACCCCUUCGGCGUCGGGCCAGGCUGCUUCCGGCGCGGCUUCGACCUCAUCUGCGACACCACCACCAAGCCUCCCAAGCUCUUCCUAGGCAACACCACCACCCAGGUGAUCAGCCUCUUCCCUUCAGGAACCGUCCUUGCCUCCAUCAUGUACACCAUCCCCAUGGUGCCGGGUGUUGGCACCUACAACCUGUCUUGGGAGUCUCCAGGGAGGAACCUCAACAUCGCGACCUACAACUACCUGGGGUUCCUCGGCUGCGGCAUCGGGGUCUACCUGUACCACCCUGACACGGGUGACCUCGUCGGCCACUGCACGAUUAAGUGCGCCUCCAUGGCGAGCUUGCUCCUCGUGACGGAAGGUGGAGGGAUCUGCAAUGGCAUGGGCUGCUGCACCGUCACUUUCCCCGUGGCGUUCCGAGGCUUUAGGGUGACCAUCGUGAAGAACAACGAGACGGUACCACAGCCUUUUGCUAAUAUCACCAUCAAGGCUUUCUUGUCAUUCCGCCCGUAUAUGUUUCGUAUCGCGGACCUUUUGUCUGAUAAGAUAAAUGCGAGCACUGUUGGUGCUUCCUCUGCUGCGUACCUCUCGACUGUGAUCACAGAUAAGCCCAAUUGCGCUAAAGCUCGGUCGGAUGAUAAGGCGCGGUAUGCCUGUGGCAGUAGCAAUUGUGUGAAUGUGACAAAUGGAGGCUACUCCUGUACCUGCUCUGGCAGUUCUGAUGAUGGUAAUCCCUACAUUCUUGAUGAUUGCAAACAAGAGUAUAAUCAUACCCCCAAAAUGAACUGUUCUAGAUCAUGUGGUAGCACAAACAUUCCUUUCCCCUUUGGGUUUGAACCAGGGUGUUAUGCUACCAGGAGAUUUCAACUGAAUUGCGCAUCCAAUCGCACUCUUAUUGGCAGGCCACCUGUAAAAUAUGAAGUGACAAAUAUUUCAUUAGAUGAUGGACUGCUAUAUGUUAAUAAGCUUUCAGAGUUUGAAGAUGCCAACAUGAAUUAUCUAUCAAUAUACUACGGUGGCUCCGGAUACUUUGGUCAGCAGCUAGUAUAUGGAUUGGAUAAGUCUGAUUUAUCUGAGGAAUUUGGUGUCUGGAGGUGGUCUGCGGCCAAUCUGACAUGUGAAAAUGCAAAAAACGACAGUGCAUAUGCAUGCCGUAGCGCGAAUAGUGAGUGUAUUGGUGUCACACAUGGAAAACUCUACAUUGGUUACCGAUGCAAGUGCUCUCCUGGCUUUGAAGGAAAUCCUUAUGUCCAAAGUGGAUGCACAGAUAUUGACGAGUGCCUGUUACCCAAUAGCUGUAAUGGGACAUGCUAUAACCUGAAAGGAAGCUUCCGUUGUUGCCCUCAUGGCAUGUUCUUUGAUCCAGUAGGAAAACAGUGCACUCCCGAUAAGCGGCAAAAUCUUAUUUUGGGGGUUUCUACUGGGAUCGGCAGUGGUUUUGGAGUGCUAGCUCUUGCACUGGGUGCGAUUAUACUAGUGAGGAGAUUGAAGAGAGGCGCUCAAAGGAAAAUCCGAAGGGCAUUCUUCAGAAAAAACAAAGGCCUGCUCCUGGAGCAGCUGAUCUCAUCCACCAGUGAAAGCGUCACUCACAGCACAAGGAUAUUUUCCUUGGAAGAGCUAGAGAAAGCAACCAACAACUUUGACCCGACGCGUGUGCUCGGGCACGGAGGCCAUGGCACCGUCUACAAGGGGAUUUUAUCCGACCAGCGGGUGGUGGCCAUCAAGAAGUCCAAGAUGGUGGAGCAGAGCGAGAUCGACCAGUUCGUCAACGAGGUGUCCAUCCUGUCCCAGAUCAUCCACCGCAACGUGGUGAAGCUCUUCGGGUGCUGCCUCGAGUCCGAGGUGCCGCUUCUCGUGUACGAGUUCAUCUCCAACGGCACGCUCCAUGACCUCCUCCACGGCGACCAGGGUGCCAAAUGCUUGCUGACGUGGGACGACCGUAUCAGGGUUGCUCUGGAGGCUGCAGGGGCGCUUGCCUACCUCCACUCGUCUGCCGCGAUGCCGAUCUUCCACAGGGAUGUGAAGUCUGCCAACAUACUAUUGGAUGACACUUUCACCACCAAGGUCUCGGACUUCGGCGCCUCCAGGUCCAUCUCCAUCGACCAGACUCACGUGGUCACCAUCGUGCAGGGGACAUUCGGCUACCUAGACCCGGAGUACUACUACACUGGGCAGCUCACCGAGAAGAGCGACGUCUACAGCUUCGGCGUGAUACUGGUCGAGCUCUUAACAAGGAAGAAGCCAAUUUUUCUCAACAGUCUCGGCGAGCAACAGAACUUGUGCCAUUACUUCCUUGGACGGCUGAAAGACGAAACCGUCAUGGAUAUUAUCGAUUCUCAAGUUGUGGACGAGGCCAGCCAGAGCGAGAUCGACGAGAUCGCGUCGGUCGCCGUGAUGUGCUUGAGGACUAGAGGCGGGCAGAGGCCUAAGAUGAAAGAGGUGGAGUUAAGGCUGCAGCUUCUGCGAGCCAGGAGACGACCUCGUAGAACACACGAACAGGAGCUGCGAAGGGACGGCGACACCAAGCCAUUGUUGUCAACUCCAAUGAAGUCCAGAUCCACUUCUGUGGCCAUGGCCAAGAACGUUGAGCUUGGCGUCGUCGCUGUUAAUUCGUCGUCGCAGGCUCUCACGAGGUGCUACUCCAUGGAGCAAGAGAUGGCAGCUUCAUCAGAGUUUCCUCGUUAG